GGUGAUCAAAACUAUAGUGGCUAUGGCGGCUAUGAUUAUACUGGGUAUAACUAUGGGAACUAUGGAUAUGGACAGGGAUAUGCAGACUACAGUGGCCAACAGAGCACUUAUGGCAAGGCGUCUCGAGGGGGUGGCAAUCACCAAAACAAUUACCAGCCAUACUAAAGGAGGACGUUGGAGAAAACAGCGGGAACUUCAUUGCAGGCCGUGUGUCACCCUGACCACGUCUAUCUCUGGGGGUCGCACGUUGCGGGCAGAGCGCAAGGCAUACACCAGAAAACGCUGUCCUGUGGAGGAGAUGGCUAAAGUUAACCCAUCUUGCAGGACGACAUUGAAGAUUGGUCUUCUGUUGAUCUAAGAUGAUUAUUUUGUAAAAGACUUUCUAGUGUACAAGACACAACUGUGUCCAACUGUAUAUAGCUGCCAAUUAGUUUUCUUUGUUUUUACUUUGUCUUUUGCUAUCUGUGUUAUGACUCGAUGUGGAUUUGUGUUUAUACAAAUUUUAUUUGUAUGAUUCCAUGUUAAACCUCAAAUAAAUGCUUCCUUAUGUGAUUGUUUUUCUGCGUCAGGUACUAAAUAGCUCUGUAAAAGUGUAAUUUAAAAUAAGCAAUAAUUAAGGCACAGUUUAUUUUGUAGGGAGUAUUGGUCCAUAGGGAGAAACUGUGGUCCUUUAUGAAUAGCCAGCUACAGUGUCCCCGUUCCCCAUUUUUGUUAGAUGUAUACUAUCUAAGGCUUCGUUUCCCUGCUAAAUGAGGGUUCUAUCACACCUUUAACCUUUCUUUUCUGUAUAUCUGGAGACCUUGUCCUAGGGUUGUCAUUAGUGGAAGCUUUCUAGCAGACCAUGAAUCUUCUGGACUAUGUCUUGGAAAAGUGCACCUUUCUGGCACAAAGCAUGUUGGUAGCUCCUUUCAUGAAUAGAAAAGAUUGUGCUUUGUUCCUGUCUCUGGGAAGCCAUUUAUUAAAGAUACACUAAAUCAGAAUCAGCGGUCUGCUAGAAAGAGCUUUGGCUAAUCAUAAUACCAUGACUUUGUUUUCUUGAUUAAAAUGUCCAGAUAUACCCAGGGAAAAGGCCCUGUUAAACUGUGUAUAGGAGCUACAGUUUAAAACAGUUAAAUUUUAACAAGCAUUUUGGCAGAUAGGUAUGAGGUUAAAAUUGGAGCAAAAGUUAGGUUGAGGUAUUUGAAGUAGUGGCUGAGGGAAUUAGUUGUCUUCUGUUGGUAUUGUCACAGCAAGCACCAAACUGAACAAAAUGUUUUCUAUUGGGGCAUUUUUAGGAAGCUAUAUUGGGUGUUAACUGUUAAUGUGAUGUGAGUUCUUAGAAAAAGUCAUGGUGGUAGAUUUCAUCAUUUUUAAUGCAUUAGUGCAUGAGCUGGGUAGUUAAGCAUACCCAGAUUCGGACAUAGGAAGGAGUAGUAGGGAAAAGUAUACUUUAAAUUUUAUGUAUGUCAGUGCAAAUCUAAGUGACUAAGUCAUUAAAAUAUCUUCCUGGUGCAUCAGAAAGCAGUUUUAGCCCUAGAUUUGGGAGAAUUUCUUGGGUAAACUCAAGUUUUGAAUUUUACAUUCAGUGUAAUUGGAUUUAAGGUUUUGAAGUUUUGUGUUCUGUGGUUCCACAUUACCCUCUAGGAUUGGCAUACGUGUUCACAUGCAGAGUAGUUCACUUCACCUUCAACCAAAUGUAAAUUUUUUUAUGCUGUUGAACCUGCCUUUUGUUUAUUUGGUGCCUGCAACUUUCUUUGUUGAAUGAUGUUUGUACUUGCUGGCUAUCAAGUUACAAUGCACUUGGCCUCCUUUUGCUCCUGUUUUGCUAUUUGACCUUAAACCUAGGCCAAGUACCAAUGUUGGUUAUUGCAAGGGACUGUUUAUUAUUUCAACAUGCAACCUUAGGGAACAAGGGAGAUUUUCAUUUUAAGUUGUUGUCAAAAUCUGUAGGCGCAGUGUCUUCUAAGGCAGUGAAUCCUGUUCAAAUUUAUGAUUAGGUGAGAAGUUGACAUUGAGAUUGUCCUUUCCCUGAUCAAAAAUGAAUAAAGGCUUUUUAAACAAAAUCCAAA